AUGAUUGAGGAGAGUGUGUGUCUUCUUCUGGGAGACUCAUGGUUUAUGACUCUGGUGGAUCUGGAGGUGGAGGUGGAUGUGGAUGUGGAUGUGGAUGUGGUUGUGGAAGUAGAAGUGGAAGUGGAAGAUUAUUAUUAUUACGAGGACGAGGAUGGAGAUGAAGAAGAAGAAGAUCUAGAUGAUGUAUACUAUGGCAGUUCCUCAGGUCUCCGCAUAGGUAACCGGAUUUGGGGAGAUAAUGGAUAUGUUCGGGGUGGUCGGCAAGAAGCAAGAUCAAUGCAUAGGCCGAACUCCCAGGAUACAGGUGCUGGUUCUUCUCGUCGGCCUAAAAAGAAAGAGACUGCUAAAGAAAUGGUUGGCAGACAUGCAAAAAGGGCGUUGAAACGGGAAGCUGCUGCAGCAAAGCAUGAACGACAUUUGAUGAGGUUAGGUCACAAGUCUGGCGGAAUGAACAAGCAUCUCAGAGCCUGGAACCAGGCACUUAUUAAAGUAUUUCCUUUUCUUUUCUGA